UCGACCAUAGUGGCCAAAGAGCAUAUAAUCACUACAUAGUUGACAGAACUAAACAAUAGCUACGAAGAAAAAUACUUAAAUAGUGGAAAACGUGUUAUAAAUAUCAGGAAUACUACAAGUUGACUGCAAAAUCGCCAGAUUAUCACAUAGUCGUAAUUCUGUGAAUAAUAUGUGCAUGUGGACGUGAUAUUUGAUACAUUUGGGUCCUACAGUGAAACAAGCAGCUGCUGGACUUAUUUCGAUGUUUAGUUGUAUUUUCUGGAGCGAUGUCUGCAAUAGCCACGGCCUCCGCCGCCACUGUGUCAGUGGACGAAGAUGCCGAUGAGUGUGGACCGCAGUUGAUAUCUAAAUUAGAGGGCAAUGGUGUCACAUCGGGAGACAUAAAAAAACUGGAGGAAGCCGGGUACCACACGGUUGAGUCAGUGGCAUAUGCACCGAAGAAAUGGCUGAUUACCAUCAAAGGCAUCUCGGAGCAAAAGGCGGACAAAAUACUGGCAGAGGCUUCUAAACUUGUGCCCAUGGGCUUUACUACUGCUACAGAGUUUCAUCAGAAAAGGGCAGAAAUUAUACAAUUAACAACAGGAUCCAAAGAGUUGGACAGGCUGCUUGGUGGAGGUAUUGAGACGGGCUCCAUCACGGAGAUAUUUGGAGAGUUCCGCACGGGCAAAACACAGAUCUGCCAUACUUUGGCAGUCACUUGUCAGCUGCCGAUUGAGCAGUCGGGCGGUGAGGGCAAGUGCAUGUAUAUCGACACGGAGGGCACGUUUCGGCCGGAGCGCCUGCUGGCCGUGGCGCAGCGCUACGGCAUGGAGGGCGGCGCUGUUCUGGACAACGUGGCGUACGCGCGCGCCUACAACACCGACCACCAGACGCAGCUGCUGCUGCAAGCCUGCGCCAUGAUGGCCGAGUCCAGAUAUUCACUCAUAAUAGUAGACAGCGCCACAGCCCUUUACAGAACCGACUAUUCAGGCCGGGGAGAGCUAAAUCCGAGACAGCAGCAUCUGGGCCGCUUCAUGCGGAUGCUGCUCCGUCUGGCUGAUGAGUUCGGCGUAGCAGUGAUAAUAACCAAUCAAGUGGUCGCUCAAGUGGACAGCGUUGGUGUUUUCAACGCGGACACCAAGAAGCCCAUCGGUGGGCACGUGCUGGCCCACGCCUCCACCACCAGGCUCUACCUGCGGAAGGGCCGCGGCGACAACCGCAUCUGCAAGAUCUACGACAGCCCGUGCCUGCCCGAGACGGAGGCCAUGUUCGGCAUCAGCACCGAGGGCAUCACGGACGCCAAGGAGUAGAUGAAGGCCCAUAGGCCCAACCACAGACCACGUUCUAAAGACAUAGCAUAGUCCCGCUACCCCUCUGCCACGCAUACUGUAGCUUUACUCGAUAAAUUUUCAAAUUUCGAAUCACGCCACCAAUCCUACUUCAGUCGGCGGACCACAUUUCUUUGAACGGACCAAUCACGGCACGGGACUCGCUCACGUCCCCCGCACCCCUGUAUUUUUGGCAGCAUCGGUUUCAUGAAAUAAUGAGGGCUACCGUUUUUGUGCUCACCAGUUGGCGCCACUGUAGAUGGAGGUCCAGAAAAUCAGAUCUCAAAAUUCUUCUAUGCUUAUUUUUAUAAAAUCAAUACGUUCUAAUAUACGCAAAGGUAUUUUAACGUCUAAAUGUGUAAUUUUUUCAACCUGUUUUAUUUUGCAUAUAUUUUAGUUGGCACUUUUUUUAAACCACUAACAUUUAUUGAGCUAUAUCUAUUGUUUACCAUGAUAAAUAGAAGAUGGACAAAGAUGUACCACAAUUAUGAAUAAGGAGUGAAAAUUCCCGAUAAAAAAGCUUGAAACCCCCAAAACUUUUAUGCAUUUGAUAUUUUGAAAGACCUCUAUCUACACUAGCGCUAGCGGCGAAAUUAAACGCGGUAGCCCUCAUUGCUCUAUACGAGUUCUUUAGAAAUAGGUGUUCUGUGGGGCCAACACACACAUUAGCGUCUUUCUAGCGUCGGCGUCAAGUCAGCGUUAUGGAAAAUCGCGUCGCUGCGCAGUUGCGCCAACGUUGCGUCGAGCAGCAGCCAUAGUUGACUAGACGCUGACGCUCGGGAAACGCUAGUGUGCGGCCGCUCUUAAAGCUUGAGAAGCAAUGAUAAUAGACAUUUCGUCGUUGUAGAACCUUUAUCCGAACUAAUUGGGAACGAGACCAGUUCGGAUAAUAGAAUCGGGUUUUUGAGAUGACAUGAAACAAAAACUAUUUUUUUACAUAAAAACAGUACACUAUAAUAAUAUUUGACGUACAAAUUAACGUUGGGAUAUAAAACACCUAAAAAAUGUUCGGAUAAACUAAGUCAGAGUUCGGAUGAUUGAGGGUUCGGAUAAUCGAGGUUGUAAUGUAUUUGGAACCCUUAUGGGGCUUUUACCUCUUAUGUUCCAAACGCGUCGGUACCUCAAGUGUAACAAAACAGACUGUCUGAAGUGCCUAACUAUAAGUUAAAUUAUAUUUCUCAAGAUAAAAUUUAAGACAUUUUAUGCGUAUGAAAAGAAAAUCAAAAGGCUGACCAUGAGUCUAUCUGCGCACUCGCGCGAUGACACUUGAUAAAAAAAUUAUACCUACAACAUUUAAUGUAGUAGGUAUUUGUUUUUUAUGGACAAACUGUAAUUUAAGCUGCAAACUAUAUUGAUUAUUUAGCUAUUUUAGUCCCAUUUUCUCGUUUUAAUUUUAUUGUAAAUACGUAAUUGUAAUUCUCAGCUAGACAAAUAAAAAUAUGAAUUAUA